AUGAAAGGCUCAUCGAAGCUCGACGAUAGCAUCGGAGAGAGCUUGAGGGGACAUCAUUGUAUAGUUCUCGAUCCAAGUCCCAAGUCCACCCUUGCUAACUUGACAACAAGUAAUUUCGGAGUGACGGUUUCCAAGGGCAAUAGCAACGUCGAAAUUGUGCUGGGACUCCCCGACGAAGGACGAAAGCAUCAGCACAUCAAGUUGGCUGGGCUCCAUACAGAUGUACGAGACAUAGGCGCACCCUAUCAUAGGAAAAUUGAUUCUGCUACUUUGGGAGUUGAAGAACUCCAAACUCAGCUACAAAAUCAGAAUGUUGGAAUAUCCAUAAUCCAGUCGCAAAUAGGAGCGAACGCCCGCCAGCUCGAAUUACUGGAACAGAACACCAAGAAUCCUAUAGCUUCUCUACAAGAGGGCCUUAUGAAAAUCAAUUGUAACAUCAGAGAUGCCGAACGAAAUAUCCUCAGACAACUAAGCCUGUUCCACAUUGAAAACGACUCAAGAUAUUUCGCAGUGGUUGAGCUAUUACAGAGUAUAAACACGCAAUCAAAAGAUCAAAGAGCGGUAGGGAACUAUUAUUACGACUUUUUCCUCGCUUCACAAGUGUUGACCUUGUUCGGGAUUGCAAGUGGUGUGAUAACCACCGGGGCGAUGAUAACGAUGAUGCCGAAAAUCCAGAAGAUGAGGACGACGAUUACAGUAACGACGAAAAUGGUAACGACGCUGCAGAGGACGAGUAACUGCAAUGAUAAUAGCCAGGGAACGAAGAAUCGUUUGUGUACCUAG